GCUAUAAUAGCAUUUGGGAAAUGCUCUUGUCAAACGAGGCGUAUGUCAAAAUCAACAAUUGGAGUUGCAGUUGGAACGAAGUAGCUAUAGUUGCUACGGCGAUAGCAAUUCUCUCUAUUGACCACCAAACAAGCAAUACCCUCUCUUUCUUUUCUCUCUCUCCAUUCUCAUCCUCUGUCCUUUGCUCUAGGCUAAACCCUAAAUCAUACACACAUAUAUUCUCACACACACACACACACACAUAUAUAUAAAUUAUUUGCAUAUACGCAUACAUAUAUCGGACGGUGGUCUCACCUCAGACAUGGGCUGCUCCUCCUCUGUUCCAGACAGGACUUCGGGCCGGUUGGCUGGGCCUAAUUCGGAGAAUGGUGGAGUGCCUGAUGCAAAAAAUUUACGAGUAAAGGUAAAUUGCUUGGGAUCUGGUGUAGGGAAAAGCUGCAUUGUUCUUCGCUUUGUUCGUGGUCAGUUUGACCCAACAUCAAAGGUAACGGUUGGAGCUUCUUUUUUGUCACAAACAAUUGCCUUGCAAGAUUCUACGACUGUUAAGUUCGAAAUAUGGGAUACUGCCGGCCAAGAGAGGUAUGCAGCAUUGGCUCCACUUUAUUACCGAGGUGCUGCAGUUUCAGUUAUUGUGUAUGAUAUAACAAGUCCUGAAUCAUUCACCAAAGCACAAUAUUGGGUUAAGGAACUACAAAAACAUGGGAGCCCUGACAUAGUCAUGGCUUUAGUUGGUAACAAAGCUGAUCUUCAAGAGAAACGAGAAGUAUCAGUUCAAGACGGAAUUGACUAUGCUGAGAAGAAUGGGAUGUUUUUUAUCGAGACGUCUGCAAAGACAGCAGAUAACAUAAAUCAGCUGUUUGAGGAAAUUGCUAAGCGUUUGCCCCGUCCAUCACCUUCAUGAUUGUAAUUCUCUGAUAAUUAACAUGGUAAUUUCCCAUACUAAUGGUAUUGAGUUGCUGUGUGUAAUAUUAUGUGCAUAUCAACAUAAUCUACUCAUUAUGCUCUUUUCAAUUUGAUUUGAUCAUUCUAGUUUAAGCUGUAAGAUCAUGAACUGUGCUCAGCCAUGUCUUUGACCUUGAGAUCACAGUAAGAUUCUUGUGGGAUACAUGAUUUGCUCAAUGUUGACAAUAAAUAACUUUCCACAAUUCGUUGCCUCAUGGAAA